AUGAGGAGGGUGUUCGGAGUGAAGAAGGAGAAAGAACCCCCUCCAUCCGUGCAAGAUGCUUCAGAUCGGAUCAACAAAAGAGGUGAUAAUGUUGAUGAGAAGAUAAAGAAACUUGAUGCAGAAUUAACGAGAUAUAAAGAGCAGAUCAAGAAAACCCGGCCAGGUCCAGCUCAAGAAGCAGUCAAAGCUAGGGCCAUGAAGGUUCUUAAGCAAAAACGAAUGUAUGAAGGUCAGCGUGAUAUGCUAUACAACCAGACAUUCAACCUGGAUCAAGUUGCAUUUGCUGCUGAGGGAAUCAAAGAUGCUCAACAAACAAUGUCAGCACUGAAGUCGGCAAACAAAGAGCUUAAAGGAAUGAUGAAAACUGUGAAAAUUCAAGAUAUAGAUAACUUGCAAGAUGAGAUGAUGGACCUCAUGGAUGUGAGCAAUGAAAUCCAAGAAUCUCUUGGCAGAAGCUACAAUGUACCUGAUGACAUUGAUGAGGAUGAGCUCAUGGGUGAGCUUGAUGCUUUGGAAGCAGAUAUGGGGUUUGAAACAGAGGCUGAUGGAGUACCUUCUUAUCUUCAACCUGAUAAGGAGCCUGAUCUGGAUGGAGAGCUUAACUUGCCAUCCGCACCAACUGGUCGUGCUCAAAUUCCAGCAGGUCGAGCAAAUGCGCAGGAUGAGGAUGAACUAGGUUUACCAGCUGUCCCUAGAGCUUCACUCCGAGGUUAG